CUCAGCACGGCCCUUCCAAUGAUCAUAUGACAAGCACUCUUCGCGGAGGUAAAGCACUUUAAAGAAAAGUUUCGUAACUUGAGAAAGUUUUCAGAACCAUCUGCUUGUGGACGGUUUGUGUAUGGACUUCUUGCUAAGCGUGUUCCUCAGCGUUUCCUAAGGACAAAUGUGAGAAACAACCCGCGUCGUCAUUUUCUGCGUCACCUUUUCGCCUGUGCCCGAAAUCCUGAUUUUUCAAGAAUCCACGCUAUUCUCUUGAACAACGGAAUAUCGACAACUUCAGACCUAUUUUCCCUCCGAGAGUCUUGAAGAGAGACUCAUCAACAAGACCAAUAAACCACGUGAGGUCCACUUGUGCCAGCCAUGCUCAUGUACGAUUACCCACUAAAGGACAUGGAGACGUCGGUGUACCAGGGCUAUCCUUCAGUGAUGAAGCCUCAAGUGGAAGCUUAUAGUGUCAUCUUCCCUCCUCAUGUGGGCCCCAGUGCUGCUGGUCAUCUCUACCCAUCUCAGUACCCAAGCCACACUCACUACCAGCCCCACUACCCUCUUCAGACGUACUCUAGCCCCCAGCAGUCUGAGGCCCAGCGCCCCUCCACGGCGCAGGUGGAGCCUGUGGAUCUGUCUCUCAGCAAGCGCUCCUCGUCCUCCUCUCCAUCCUCCUCUUUCUCCCCCUCCUCUCCGUCCUCCACCCGGAGCUCUCUGUCCCCUCCACACACGUACAGCAGCCCUCACACACACGGCAGCACACACUCCCUCUCCCAGACGCUCACCUGCUCCAGCUCCAGCUCCUGCUCCAGCUCCCCCAAGCCCCGGCACCAGUCUCCAGCAGCCAUGGCCAUGUCCUUCUCCGCCAUGAUGCCCGUCUUGCACGCCCCCUCCGGAAUGAUCCCCGUCAUCCUGCCCAUCAUGUACCCCUCUACUAUGCACCCACCAAUCAUGCUCUCUCCAGUGGCCACCGAUGACAAGCAUGGCGGGGCAGUUGUAUCCUCACACAAGCAUGCCUCCGUGAAAUCUCCUAAUUUUUCAAAUGACAUGGAACCAUUGAAAAUCAAAUCCGAGCCUGGCACUGAAAGUUCCCCAGAGCCCUAUGAUGAGGAGAUAACAGCAUCAGUGAUCAACAGACACCUCUCCUAUGAGAGCAACACUCCCUCUGUGAUCAUGCAUCCUGUCAAAGCUCGGCAUGUGGAGUCGCCAGAUCCACUGAAGAAACGCCGCAUCCACCGCUGUGACUUUGGCGGCUGCAAUAAAAUCUACACCAAGAGCUCGCACCUCAAGGCUCACCGGCGCACUCAUACAGGAGAGAAGCCAUACAAGUGCAUGUGGGAAGGCUGUACUUGGAAAUUUGCCCGUUCGGAUGAGCUGACGCGGCACUUCCGCAAACACACCGGGGUCAAGCCCUUCCAGUGCCCGGACUGUGAGCGCAGCUUCUCCCGCUCCGAUCACCUGGCCCUGCACAGGAAGCGCCACCUGCUGGUCUGACCAGUGAGCACAGGGCCCCCCUCCGCUCCGCUGCUUCUCCCACAACUAUUUAUCCCCUGAGCCAUCCUCUACCACUGACAUGAGCAGAGUGGACCUGUCCUUGCUCAAAGGUCCUCGCUCCAAAAUGCAGUGACUUCUCUCCAUAUUUCUUUCAUCUCAUUCUUGUCAUUUUACUCGUGUGCUUUGUUACCGUUAAUAUUUGCAGUUUAUCCGUUGUGAACUUCCUCUGCUGGUCAGAGGACAGACACAUAAACAGAGAUGCACACCUUUCCAUGCACACCAUAAUACACAGGCACACAGAUACAAGAACAAAGUGUACAUUCUCUGUCUCUCUCAGAUAUAAACAGUGUGAAUCUUGUUUUUAUCACGUGCACAAAAUGAUUUGGGUCACUCACUAAGUGCUUUUUUCUAUUAUUUUCUAAUUGUUUUAGACCUUCUCACCACAAUAACUGAUUAUCUUCCACCUGCCUAUUUGAAUGGGUGAUUUUGUAUAGAGAUUUCCUUGUGUGUGUGUGUAUAUAGAGAUUUCCUCGUGUGUGUGUGUUUUUGUGUGUGUGUGUGUGUGUGUGUGUGUGUGUGUGUGUGUGUGUGUGUGUGUGUGUGUGUGUGUGUGUGUGUGUGUGUGUGUGUGUGUGUGUGUGUGUGUGUGUGUGUGUGUGUGUGAGUGCAAAUCCUCAUGUAGAAUAGAACUAAUCAAAGAGAGUAUAACACUUUUAUUGUGUAAUGCAUCUUUGGUUGUAAGUCAAGAUUUUUAGUUACAGAACAUGUUAUUUUAUUAUUAUUUGUCUACAAUAUGUCCACAUGUGUUCAUGAUCUAUUUAUUUUAGGUCACAUCAGACUAUGUAUGGCUCAUUGUAUCUAUUACCUGAAGGGAAAACGGGCAUUGACAUGUAAUUCAAAAUGUGAAAUAUUUCUGAAAGGGCAUUAUUGUCAGUUAAUGAACUGAAUGUUUUGGUAUUGUUUUGGUUGUUGUGUGUAUAUGACACAUAUGUGUGUAUAUGACACUUGUAAUGUAAAGGAAUCAUGGAAAACAGGGAGAUGCCUUUGAUGGCAUUUGUGCUAAUACUUUAAGACCAUUUCCGAGGAAGACAUUUGUCAUUGUGAUGGAUCAUGUGCACUUUAAAAUUGAUUUUAAGCCACGGUCUUCUGAUAUGUUUGGAAUGUUGCAUUUCUGAAUGCUUCUGGAAGGUAAUGCUCAGAGUCACACCUACAUCACUUCUUCACUCAACAUGUCACUUAUAUUGCAAUACAUCUUCCAAGAGGGUGCAUUUCAGGAUGGGUGCCUGAAAAGGUCCCUGAGGCUAAAUACCUCUUUUGGAAGAGUGAUAGUCCAGGCAGAAAUUAGGGAGCAGGAAACAUCUAUGUCUGAGGUAGAUCCCAAAAGCCACAGCAGCAAAAUAAUGCAGAAAUAUGCAAAAGACUUAUAACACAAUUUUACAAUUUUUUAUAAUAGAAAUUAUAAUAUAUUUUUAUAGAAUGAUAAUGCUGAAGUGGUGAGUUGUUUUUUAUUUUAUUAAUUGCAUGAUUUUUUUAAAUCUGAAAUUACAACUAUACAUUUCUUUCAAGAUGUGAAUCCUCAUAUAAAACGUAUAUAUUUUCACAGUUCAGAGGGAAUGGACUCUUAGCAUUGUACUAAACUGUGAAUGGCUUAUAUACUGUACAGAUGCAUAUGGUUUUUAUUGUCACAAUAAACAUGUAUUGAUCA